AUGCAUGUGAACAAGAGAAUCGGUCGAUUUAAACAAUGGGCAGGAGAAAGAAUGGGUGGAGAGGCCAAGACCUGCCAAACAGAUGAUUUCAAGGCCAUGGAAACCGAGAUGAAUGUACGACAUGAAGGCGUCGAUCGCAUUCAUAAGUCCAUGACUGGCUACGUCAAGGCCGUCUCAAAGCGCAGUGAGGGAGAUGAUAAGGAAAAGACUCUACCAGUGGCCCAUCUGGGAACCAGCAUGGUCAGCCAUGGAGAGGAUUUUGACGGAAACUCAGAAUACGGGCAGUGCCUGAUCAUGUUCGGCAGGACCGAGGAGCGAAUUGCUCGCAUCCAAGAGGGCUAUAUUACACAGGCGACUUCGAGCUGGCUUGAAUCCCUAGAGAGAUCUCUUACUCAAAUGAAAGAGUACCAGCAAGCUCGCAAGAAGCUAGAUAGCCGACGCUUGGGAUACGAUACGUCUCUUUCUAAGAUGGAAAAAGCUAAGAAAGAGGAUUUCCGUGUAGAGGAAGAGCUCCGCACGCAAAAAUUCAAAUACGAAGAAGCCAACGAGGACGUAUUCCGCCGCAUGCAGGACAUUAAGGAGGGAGAAGCCGACAGCGUCAUGGAUCUGGGCCAAUUUCUGGAUGCUCAGCUGGAAUACCAUGACCGGUGCCGAGAGACUCUUCUCCAACUCAAGAAUGAAUGGCCUGGAGGCACUGGUCGCGGCCCAUCGCCUACACGCCGUCCUACACGACCCCAUCCAAACACCGCGCAUUCGUACCAGGAACGGUAUGAACCUGUGCAGGAGGAAAUGAUCAGCGCCGUAGAGAGCCGAGCCACUAUCAGGCCGACUAGAACCAUUUCAUCGAAUGUCGCAGAUACUUUCCCCAGAGAUGUCCAAAGAGACCUCACCCCUGUGAGCCAUGGUUAUUCUCGACCAGUUCUGAGUAGAACUCCGACUUUCGAGGGACCGGCGCAACUUCGUCAGGAACAAUCUCCGAUUGCUUCUCAGUGGAUCCAACGAACUGCCAGCGAUACUCUUCCGGCCCGUCGUAACAGCAUCCUGCUAAACACGCGAACCAACGCUGAUCCUUACGCCGAUUCCGAAGUAAGCUCCUAUGGCUCCUAUGGUCGCUCUAGUCCAGAGCGUUUGUACGGUGAUCGAUCAUGCUCGCCAGCUACGUCCCAUGGCAGUAGUGUGGCAUCUCGACGACCUAGUAAUACCGCCCUGAACGCGAGUGGACUGACGAAGAAAGCACCUCCACCUCCACCACCAUCUCGUGCGAAGAAGCCCCCACCACCCCCUCCUCCAGUCAAGCGAAGCUUGACAACUCUCUCGACUGCGUAG